UGCCCGCUUUUGUGCUAGUGCGGGAAGUUGUCCACCGGAAAAUUGGGCUGUGGCUCUUUCCGACCCAAAUUUUUGGGGGCAUUGUGCUUCACCAUGGCAAUAUUGCCCAAAUGAAUACGGGGGAAGGAAAAACCUUAACUGCUCUUUUACCCAUUUGUCUAAAUGCUCUCUCCGGCAAACCGAACUUUAUAGCAAUUGCACCAUUGUUUACACUACCGGCAGCGAACUAGGGUUUGAUUAUUUAAGAAAUAAUUUGGUAACUAGGCUAGAAGAUAAACUUAACUUACGAAGCGAUGAACUGGCCGUUAAAGAAAAGCACCAAAAAUCUACCUACUUGGCCCAGGAAUUAGGGGAAAAAAAAGAUUAUAAACUAGACGACAAGGAAAAAGAACUUUGGCUAACUAAGCAAGGAGUUAAAAAAGCCGAAGAAUUUUAUGGAAUUAGUAACCUUUUUUCCUUUCAACACCACGAAACCAAUUUUUUGCUCCAUAAUUCUUUGAAAGCCAAGCAUUUUUAUCAAAAUGGGGUAGAAUAUAUUGUAGACUACGAACGAAAAAAAAUUGUCAUUAUUGAUGCCUUAACCGGCAGACUGGUGCCUAACCGAGUUUAUAGUGGCGGUAUUCAGCAAGCCAUUGAAAGCAAAGAGGGAAUUCCCAUCAGUCCGCCCAGCAAAUCCACGGCGGUGAUUACUUACCAAAAUUUCUUUCGUCUUUUUGAUAAAGUGGCGGGAAUGACCGGCACCGCCAUGACCGAAGCCGAAGAGUUUCGGCAAGUUUACGGAAUGGAAGUAAUGGCUAUUCGGCCUUAUAGAAAAUUAAUUCGUAAAGACCGGGAUGAUUUAAUUUUUUUAGAUAAAGAGAGCAAAUAUCAAGCCAUUAUUAAAAGGAUUAAAAAAAAUGCCCAAACAGUCAAAAGACCAAUUUUAGUAGGUUCCCCCAGCCUAGAUAUUUCCGAACACAUAUCAAAAUUAUUAACCCAGGAAGGGGUUUUUCACCAUAAAUUAAACGCGAUUAACCACCGCGAGGAAGCCCAAAUUAUUUCCCGAGCCGGUGAACUAGGAGCGGUAACUAUUUCCACUAAUAUGGCCGGACGCGGAACGGACAUUGUUUUAAGCGAAGAAAGUAAAAAAGCGGGCGGUCUGUUAGUAAUUGGAGUAGAACGAAAUUUCAGUCGCCGCAUUGAUAAUCAAUUGCGUGGUCGAGCUGGCCGGCAAGGGGACCCCGGAGAAAGCCAAUUCUAUGUCUCCCUAGAAGAUGACUUAAUUAAAAAUUACGAAGUAAAAGACCAAAUUACCCGAAUUUUUCGCGGCAAAGCCAUCCGUAAUUCGCAAAAUGCCGGUCGCCAACAUACUUUAAACCACGACCUCUUAAUUAAUCACCAGCGCCAAAAGGUUUAUAAAUAUCGCCAACGUAUCUUGGCUAGUACCAACCUUUUAGCGGUUAUUUUGCCUGCCCAAGUAGCCGCUCGGCACCAAGAACAACCGCAGCCUUAUUUAAAAUCGCAGUUGGUUCGCAAAAUUGAUUUUGCCUGA